AAGCAAGCUCUACAAGGAAGAUAAAAAAUAACAUCACGACAGGCUGAGGUCUCAUUACGACAAUUGUGUGCACGUCUCUUAAAUUACUACAGAGAAAAAGAUGGCAAUAAGUACUUGGAACCAAAGCAAAGCAGAAGUGAAUGGUGUAGAAUAAAAAAUGGCUACGACAGUCAGUCCAGUAAGACGUGAAGAGAAAGAGGCAAUUCGUACCGAAUGCCACAUGAUGCCGCUCUGACCUAAAAAAAGAAUGACAAACGGGGGUGAGGGGGGAAAAAAACGGCUUCCGGUGCUGAUAAAAACUAACGCAGAUCAGAAAAAGCUGCAAGGAAGCGGAUGUUCAGCAACGGAGAAAGGAUAAUUAUGGUCCGCUGAUGUAAAUUCUUUUUGCUACACGGAUCAGUAUCUAAACGGUGGCAGAAGAAGAAAAUACGGAUUGCGAUGAGUCUUUGGGGCCCACCCGGGCUGUGGGUGCGGGCGGUGCUGCGGCUGCUGGUGCUGCAGGCGGCCUGGGCGCUGGGCGGCGGUCCGGUGCGCUACUCGGUGCCGGAGGAGGCGAAGGGCGGCACGGUGGUGGGUCGGCUGGCGCAGGACCUGGGCCUGGCGGCGGGCGGGCGGGAGUCGCGCCGGCUGCGGCUGGUGGCGAAGGGCCGGCGGGCGAGCGUGGAGGUGAGCGGGGCGAGCGGGGCGCUGGUGGUGAGCUCGCGGCUGGACCGGGAGGAGCUGUGCGGGAAGAGCGCGCCGUGCGCCCUGCGCCUGGAGGUGCUGGUGGAGCGGCCGCUGCGCGUCUUUCACGUGGAGCUGGAGGUCACCGACAUCAACGACAACGCCCCUGACGGGGGCAGACCGUCGCUGUCGGGGACGAUGGAGCUGGUGAUCUCGGUGCUGGAUGCGAACGACAACGCGCCCGAGUUCAACCAGUCGGUGUAUAAAGUGCAGCUGUCGGAGAGCGCUGCAGAGGGGACGCUGGUGGUGCGCGUGAGCGCCACGGAUCGGGACGAGGGACCCAAUGAGGAGGUUUGCUACGACAUCAUCAGUUUGGUUCCUUCUACUGUCAAAGACGUAUUUACCGUGAAUCCGAGCACGGGGGAGAUCAGGCUAACAGCCCCCCUGGACUAUGAAGACGUUCGCCUAUACGAGAUACAAGUGGAAGCGAAAGACAGGGGUACACCUCCGUUAUCGGGGCACUGCAGCGUGUUGUUGGAGGUGGUGGACGUGAACGACAACGCGCCGGAGGUGUGGGUGACGUCGCUGUCGGUGCCGGUGCCGGAGGACGCGGCGGUGGGGACGGUGGUGGCGCUGCUGAGCGUGUCGGACCGGGACUCGGGGGCGAACGGGCGGGUGCGGUGCGCGGUGUGGCCGGCGGCGCCGUUCGGGCUGGUGGCGACGUUCGAGGGCUCGUACUCGCUGGUGCUGCGGGAGGCGCUGGACCGGGAGCGGGUGGCGGAGUACGAGGUGGAGGUGCGGGCGGAGGACGGCGGGGCGCCGCGCCAGAGCCGGAGCCUGUGCGUGGCGGACGGCGCGGGCAAGAGCGACCUCAUGGUUUUCAGCCCCAACUUGCCGCCGCCCGCCGGCCCCGCGCCGAAGGAGACGCCGCCGGAUCCGCCCGCCCUCCUGGACACGCGCCGGCCUCGGGCCUCGGCGCCUGCGGGUGGCCGGUACUCGUCAGGUCUUUGCUCUCUGGCUGUUGACAGCGCUCUCCUUGGUGCCCGCCUUCGCUGGCCGCUGCUCUCAGACGUCCGAGGUCCUGCGAGAGUGGAGUGGACAUGUGGAAAGCACUUUGGAAAAGGAGGGAACAAAAGAGGAGGAAAAGAGAAGAGGACUGGUAGCCUGCAGCCUCUCUCCUCAGCCACAGCCACCAUGGCCAUGCAGCAGGCCAUGCUGGGGGCCCAUGACGACUCCCUUGACGGCAGAGAAAAAGCAGUUUCGUGCUGCUACAUGCUGCCUUACUUCGACUGUGCGGGCGCGAGAAGCCACUCCUGGGCCUACGGAAGGAGCGAGAGCGUGACCUGCGUCUUGGGAGGUGAAGCUUGUCGUGAGGAAAGCCUCGAUCCACCUGCGAGCUCCCGUGAUUUGCUGAAGGGCAUCCUGAUACCGAUAUGCACUCCUCCAGCAGCCACAGCCUGCCGCCGCGGAAGGGGAAGGCGGGCUCGGAGCUGGGAAGGCGGGCGCGGAGCUGCGAUAACAGCAGCGGAUAAGCCCCGACCCUGCAGCCAACACCGGGGUGAGCGGGGGGCGGCAAGGCUGGGCAUUACAUGGGGGAGCGUAGACGCAGUCCCGGGGACAGCGGCGGGUGCUAUGGCCACGCCGAGUCCCGAGCGAAGGAACCCGGCGGUCCGGGGCGCUCGGGCUGUCACCUUCUUUGCGUUCAUCUCUGCCCGGGGGAACCCACAAGGGGAAGGCGAUAGCGGGGUCCUUGUACCUCCGUCGACAUCCCAGCUCCGCGCCGGCAUUUCGGUUUCGGUCCCAGGAGGAGCCCCUGCACUGGCUCCGGUCUUCUUCAGACCGGAGGCAGAUCCGGUCCGAACUUUUUUCAUGAACCUUUCCGGAUGGAGAUCAACCCUGGGGCUGCCUGCCUGCCCGGGGACAGCUGCCCAUGCCGCCACGGAGUGCUUAUCCGUUCACCUCGGAGGAGAAAUUGGAGGGCUGUCGCUCCAUCUGCUCUCCCGGACGGAUUCUGCCCCUUCUGAGGUUUCAUUUCUCCCGGCAGAGACUCCGCUGCCGCGGAAGCACCGUAUUCUGGUCCAGCAUCAGCGGGAGUCCUCGGUUCUGGUGGGGAGCCCUCGGAGAUACGGGGCAAGUUCUGCUCUUCGCAUUUUCCCUAACCUCAGUAGCAAUCUAGAGGUGUCUGUGAUCUGCAGACUUCCAGAGAUGCCGGUCCGCGUCUCCACGGCAUUUGAUGCAGUGUCUGAGGAUAAUGGGGCUGAGAGUCGAGAGGCUAAAUUUUAUGACAUCUUUGAGACAUUGGGCAUCUGGGAGCGAGAAGCGAAGACACCAGGCAGCUGGAUGCGGGAGGCUGAGUGCAAAAUUUCGGGCGCAGGGGCGCUCCCUUCGCCUGCAGCAAACUUUUCACCUUUCCGUCGGUGCGCCCUCGCGCCAGUUGCUUCUCAUUGGGAACUUCAGGUCUUUGCUGAAAUAUUGGAUUAUGUUACUGCUGAGAGGGUCUGCAGGGAGCUGAGCAGAGGAGGAAGAAUGCGGGUCUAUUUAAUGGUCUUCUGCCUUAUUUCCUGCACCGUGAACGGGCAAAUAGCAUAUUCCAUCACUGAGGAAACGGAGCGUGGAGUGUCUGUUGGAAACAUAGCAAAAGACUUAGGAAUAGAUGUGGCUACACUUUCAUCCCGGAAAUUUCGCAUGAUCACCGGCUCAAGUAAGCAAUAUUUUAAUAUAGAUGUAAGCACGGGGGCUUUAUCUGUUAAUGAGCCCAUAGACAGAGAGCAGGUUUGCGAAUUAAAAUCUGCCUGUUUUCUGAAUUACGAACUUGUGCUAGAAAACCCUCUAGAGCUUUACAGAAUGGAAUUUAAAGUCCUGGACAUAAAUGACAACUCUCCCAGCUUUCCCUUAAGUGAAUAUCACAUAAAUGUGGCUGAGUUCCUGUCACCUGGGGCACGGUUUUCACUCCCCACUGCCCAGGAUUCUGAUGAAGGUUCCAACAGUGUCCAGAAUUAUACUCUGAACUCUGAUGAACAUUUCCGAUUGGAAAUGCAGACACGCGGGGAUGGGAGUAAGUAUCCUGAGUUGGUGCUGGAGAAAGCCUUAGACAGGGAGCAGCAAGCUACUCACAGACUUGUCCUUUCAGCCAAAGAUGGUGGUAAUCCCCCAAAGUCUGGUGACACCGAGGUCAUUGUGACUGUGCUGGAUACCAAUGACAACGCACCGGAAUUUGAGCAGUCAGUCUACAGGGCAAGUAUCUUGGAAAACUCCCCCAGUGGCACUUUGGUAGUCCAAGUGCAUGCCACAGACUUGGAUGAAGGUCCAAAUGGAGAAGUCAGGUAUUCAUUUAGCAAUAGCACUGCUGCUGGUCUACAGCAAAUGUUCUUAAUUCACCCUCACACUGGAGAGGUGACAGUCAAUGGCAUAUUAGCUGUUAAGAGACCUCUUCUUGAGAUGCUUAUUGAGGCAAGGGAUAAAGGGGCAUUUGGCAUGUCCAGCACAGCUAAGCUGCUGGUGGAAAUCACUGAUGUGAACAAUCAUGCCCCAGAGAUAACAAUUACAUCCCUUUCCAGUCCCAUCCCUGAAGAUGCUGUGCCUGGCACUGUGAUAGCUCUGCUGAGUAUUAUGGAUAAAGAUCCUGGGGAGAAUGGGAAGAUAACCUGCCAGAUCCUUGAUAACCUUCCCUUCCAGCUAAAACCCUCCCUUGAAAACUACUACAGUCUGGUCACUAGUGGGCAUCUGGACAGAGAGCUGAUUAGUGAGUACAACAUCACCAUUACUGCCACAGACCUGGGCUCCCCUCCUAUUACCACUCAGAAGACCCUUUGGGUGCAGAUUUCUGAUGUGAACGACAACCCCCCUGUCUUCACCGCUGACACAUGUGACGUUUCUGUGGAGGAGAACAAUCCACUUGGUGCUUUUCUCUACCAGGUUUCAGCAUCUGACCCUGAUGUGGGGGAAAAUGGACAGGUCUCUUACGCACUCAGGAACUCCACGGUUGCAGGCAGUGCCCUGGCCAGUUUUUUAUCUGUGAGCUUGGCCAAUGGGAGCAUCUAUGCAAAGCGAGCCUUUGACUUUGAGCAGCUUAGGAGCUUCCACUUCCAAGUGGAAGCCAAGGACAAUGGGUCACCAGCCUUGAGCACUGCCAUAACUGUGAAUGUUUACAUCUCAGACCAGAAUGACAAUGCCCCAGCCAUCCUGUAUCCCACAAGCCAGAAUGGCUCUGUGGCCGUGGAAAUUGUGCCCCGCCUGGCCGAUGAGGGUUACCUGGUGACCAAAGUGGUGGCAGAUGAUGAUGACAAUGCACAGAAUGCCUGGCUCUCUUAUCACCUUGCCCACUCCUCUGACUCCACACUGUUUCACUUGGUACCGCAUUCUGGUGAGCUGCGCACCACACGCUCCAUGCGCUCCACUGACUUUCUCAAGCACAAGGUGGUCGUGGUGGUGCGAGACCAUGGGGACCCACCACUCUCCUCUACUGUGACUGUGGGCAUCCUGCUGGCUGACUCCCUGCCCCAGGCACUGCCCGACUUUGAUGACAGUGGGGAGCCACCACCACUGCUCAACACCACAAACCUCUACCUGAUUGUUUCCCUUGCCUGUCUCUCCUGUGUCUUUGCAGCGUUCCUUCUCUUCCUUACCCUUGCACGGCUGUGCCGCUGCCAGGCUUCCCACCACCAUGGCUGCUGCAACUGCUGCCGCUGCUGUCCAGUGGAUGAGUAUGAGAAGUAUUGCUACAAUGUGCACAUGCUUCCCAGCUCCCACUUCACACCAGAUAUGCUGGAAGUUGCUGGUGUGGGCAAACUGACUCAUACCUACUUGUACAGGGCGUCUGUAGGCCUUGGGCCUGGUAAUGGCAGCAUCCCAAAUGGUGAUGCUGGGAACCUUCCCAGUAACUCAGGGUUACAAAUGUCAGGACCUUGCAUCCAAGUGCAGCAGGUCCAAAGUGAUCACUUGAGUGCUGUUCUUGUGAAUUUACCCAGUCGAGCUGCUGUCGGGGCACAGCUGCUGCAGCAAGUGUGA